CGAAAAUCUACUGUCAAUAACCCUCGUUGUCAAGUAAACAAAUCACCUUAGCGACAAGUUUGUUCGAUAUAACGUCAACAACGCAAUACAAUACUCUUGGAAUUUAAUUUUCUCAACACAAUGGUCAUUUUGUUGGUCAAAAGAGGUGAUGAAAACCAAUUUUUGUACGAAACUGAUGUUAGUGAUGAAGUAGACGAUGUGGUUAAGGAUAUUGUGGCGAUCUACAAUGGAAGGCUCAAAGUAACUAGAAUAUGCUAUGAAAUGGAGGAGUUGCAGAAGCACGGCACGUUCUUGCCACCAGAAAUGCAAGGAUUAAAUGAAGACCAGAUAAAAGAGCUCAAGUUAGAAGACCCUUGGGCUAUGCGGUGCGCUCCAGCUGGACACGUGUUCUGUAAAGAUGACAUGGGUAGAAGAUGUGGCUUGGCUCCACCACCCAAUCUACAAGAGGUGCUGAAAAAAGCCACUGAGACUGCCAAAGAGUUUGUUAGUAAGAAACUUGUGGAUUUACGAAAAUGCAUGACUCAGAAAGACGUAUCCAGAGCGUUGGACGAAUUGCGUGGAGCGACAAAGAUAGUGUUCCCUGCUGGGCUGCCACCCCACGACCCAGUCCGUAUGGAGUUGGACAACGUGGAGGACCUGACUGGCACUCAAGCCUCUCAGGAAGUCAUUGAUCCUUCAAGGGCGUGCUUGUGGGCUUGUGGAAAGAAGUUGCUAGCUGGGAAUAAGCUUUCCGAUCAUUUGGGCAAGAACAACAAGUCUAAAAUCACAGUAAAACUCUGUUCCUCUACCGAAGGCGCUCCAGGUCGGGAGCCAAUCAUGACUGAAGAUGAACGCAAGCAGCUGAUGCUGCACGCUUACAGGAAGCAAGAGGAGUGGAAGAAGCUGGAGCAAGAUGACGAUGACAACUAUCUGGACUCGAAAUGGGCCGACGGACAGAAUCUGAAGAGGCAGUUUCAUGGGCUGAACGAUAUCUCUUGGAAACCAGUGAUGAGGAAGUGAGAAAAGUGUUUGUAAUGGUCGUAAAGUUCAGUUUGGUUUCAAUAGUAUGGAUUUUAAGGUAUUGCUUUAGUCAACGAUGAGUAUUUAAAGGUAUUAUAUGGUUCGAGUGUGAUGUUAUGUAUUAGUAAUAUAACAGUUCAUGAAAAGAUAGAAGCUUUUACUUUUAAGCAUGCAUUUCACGGUUUAUAACGUAAAAUCUCUUUUUGAAAGCAUUCUAUUGUCUACACUUAGGUCGUUAUCAACUCAUGGUAUGGUGUCAAAACAGUUUAUUUUAAAGACGCUAAAUUCUUUUUGAAAACAUAAAACACAAUACAGAGCAACACACAGUCGUCUAAUAAUGAGUCUAUGCUAUUACAAGUAUAUGUAAAAGUUGAAAAGUAAAUAAACACUUGAAGCUGCAUCAUUCGUUUGUAAAAUCGACAACGGGAGACCCAGUAUGUAUUGUAUGUAUAUAUUUUUCAAGAAUUAGUUUUUCAAUUUGAAAAACAUAACCUUCUUUGUUCUUAACAAAAUGGAUAUGAAACAGUUCAGAAUAUCAAGAACGAGAACUGUUGAGUGCAAACAAUAAUAAUAAUUAAAUACCUAGGUUCCUUUGAUAUCAUCUUUAUUAAUAGGAAUCGCUAAUUAAUAGUUACCAGUAAGACCUUGAAUAUCGGCUAAUGAGCCAAUAUUAUUUGCAGCCGUACUGCUGUAUGUAUCACGCAUUUCAAAAUGAUGAUUUUUUACCGUACACAAUUGGUAUGUUUCUUGCUAUGGAAUCAUUAUAUGCCUAUUGUUUCCAUCUAAGAUAAAUCUCUUCAAUUAAUAACUGUGGGUCCGAACCCAUCUUUUUCCUGCUCUAUUUUUUUAAUCUUGUGAUUUUGUUAUUAUUUACCAGGAUAUUUGAAAGACACAUAUAUUAGUUUUACUUCGAGUCGAUUUCUUAGUCCUUAUUCUAGAUUAAUAUCAUGAUGAAAAAGGAAAUAUAUUAGCACCAGCUAUUGACGUAUGAUUCAGUUUCAGAAUUGAGACAACAGCUAAGGACUAAAUAAUGUUUUUUCAAGUUUUUUUGUGUUGUUUCAGUUUUACCCUUUAUUUUUUUCUGAUUUAGAAUUAAUUAGUACGGUAUCAAGACUUUUGUUUUUGUGUUUUCAUAAUUGAACAUGCUUUGAAAGAAUAAAUAAAAUAUGUAAAAUUAUCUAAAGAGGGAUUGUUAAAACCCAUUUCAAAAUUAUGCCAGCAAUCUCAUAG